AUGGCUCGACUGCCCGGCAGCGCGGGGCUCCUCCUCAGCGUGGGGGUGCUGGCGGCGCUGCCGGCCGCGAGCCGGGCGCUCCGCCUGAGGAAGCCGCGGCCCCGGAGCCCCGCGAGGCUGGCGGAGGUAUCAGCCUUCCCAGAUCCCGGCUCUCCUAGGGAAGAAGAGGGGAACCCACUGCUCCCCAGAACCCUUCAGGCAGGCCCAUGCCGUCAUAGGUGCCGGGCUCUCAGUGAGCCGGCAGCCCUGAGCCCAGACAGGGCGGCCCCUCCCAGGACCCUGGAGGACACUCCCUUGCUGCUUGAGCUGCAGAAGCUGCGGGGAUUGGCCAACACAGACUUGAGUGCCCCAAACCCCAAUAUCCAGGUGGCCGUUGAGGUGGUGGAGGAGCCCCAGGCCGAGGUGGAGAUGGACCUACCGGCCGAGCCCAGCCGCUGCUGGCCCCAGGGUGCCUCAAGCUGGCUGCCCGCCAAGGAGCCCUUCUGGCCCCUAUUCUGCGGCCACCUGGAGGGCGAGGAGGGGAGGACUGAUCUCAAGGGCAGAGCCCCAGGGGACGAAGAGGGGGAGGAGGGUUACCCUGCAGAGCACGGUGAGAGCAAGGCCCAGGAGGACAGCGAUGAGGAGGCGGAGCCCGGGCUCAGGGCAGACAGCUGGGAGCAGGGCUGGCUGGCCCCCGGGCACUGGGCCUUCAAGGACUGCCUUGACCCAGACUAUGAGCUUCCAGAGGAGUGGAGCCCCUGGUCUCCCUGUGGUGGGAGCUGCAGCAGCGGCAGCCAGAGGAGGACUUGGCCCUGCGGCUCCACCUGCACGGCCACCGAGUCCCGAGCCUGCGACCUGCCCCCUUGUCCUGGCACCGAGGACAAGGACCCCUUGGGCUUCCCCAGUGAACGGUGGCAGCCCCUGGCCCACAAUGCUAUGCACAUGCUCGGUCCAGAUGUGGACAGCUGUGAGAAAUGGCUGAACUGCAAGAGUGACUUCCUGGCCAAGUACCUGAGUCACGUGCUGCAGGACCUGCCCGGCUGCCCCUGCACGUACCCGCUGGAGGCCGUGUCCAGCCCCGUGAGCCUGCAGGAUGCACCCCGGGGCCGCAGCUUCCGCUGGAGGGAUGCGAGUGGCCCGCGGGAGUGCCUGGCCCUGUAGCAGCCCUCGGCGCGCUUCUGCUUGCGCUCCCCGCCGUUGGUGGCCAGCUGCGCCCUGGCCGCCCAGCACCGCCGCUGGCGCGGCAGCCAGCUGCUGACCUGGGGCAAGGGCGCUGGCGCUCCCGACCUCGUCAGCACCCACUUCUCGCCCAAGCUGCCCUUCAGGGUGGCCACGCUGCCCUGGAUCCUCUGCAAGGGGGACUGGAGCCGCUACCAUGCCGCGUGGUCCCCAGACAACGGCCGGGCCUGCGCCGACAACCCUCCUGAGGACGAAUACCUGGCCCAGUUGCAGGAGGCUAAGGAGUACUAA